AUGUUCAUCACUAUCGCUCCAAAUUACUAUGUUGAUUAUUGGUUCACGAGUGAUGGAGUUAAGACGGAAUACGCCAAAAGCUUCAUGAGCGCUCUUGGAAUCACUUCUCAAAUUCCCAAUUUCCUUAUGAGUGUCUUGAAUGCAGCACAAAUCAUUGGUGGAACGCUGAUGAUUCGAAUCGUUGGCACGCUUACAGUCAAUUGCAUAACCGUGGCUAUUAUAAUUGUGCUGGCUGUAUCUCAAGAUCCCAGUCCAGAAGCCAUGGAAUGGUUUUUUUACGUGUCGCUGAUCAUAGUCAUUGUUAUGAACGCGUCCAAUGGCUUGUAUCAGGUCCGUUACCAAUUCUUUCUCGACUUUCCCUCGUACCUCUUAGCGCCUGAGGGUAGGGUCAAGAAAACCAGAUAG